AUGCGCUCUUUCAUCACGUCCUCAGUCCUUCUUGGACUUGCUUCAGCAGCUGCGGUCCCAGCUGUCGAGCCCAGAGCAAACCAUGGCCACAAGAAGUUCAACGUUCAAGUCGGCGACAGGCCUUACUACCUCAUCGAGAACAUGGAAGAGAGCCCCCUGAAGAAGAAGCUCGAAUCCUGCUCGGAACAAGAGUUCAAGCCGACCGAGUUCUCCUUCGCUCAUCGAGGCGCGUCUCUCCAGUACCCAGAGCACACCUAUCAAGCCUACAGUGCGGCUCGUCGCCAAGGUGCGGGUGUAAUCGAAUGCGACGUCGCCUUCACAAAAGACAAACAGCUCGUCUGCCGUCACGCACAAUGCGACUUGCACACUACCACCAACAUCCUCAACACCACACUCGCCGCGAAAUGCACUACGCCAUUCAAGCCCGCAUCUAACGGUACCGCUGCAUCAGCAAAAUGCUGCACAUCCGACCUCACCUUGACAGAGUUCACCUCUCUGUGCGGCAAAAUGGACGGCUUCAACCCCAAUGGCACCACUCCGGUGCAAUAUAUGGACGGCACGCCUUACUUCCGCACAGACCUGUACGCAUCUGGCUGCCCCAAGCUGAUGACACUCAACUCGUACAUCGACACUGUCGACAGCUGGAAUUUGAAAUUCACCCCCGAGCUCAAAGCCCCGGAGGUGAAAAUGCCGUUCAAUGGCUACACAUACGACAACUACCGCCAAGCCGUUGUCGACGCAUUCAAGGCGAAGAAGAUCUCCGCGAAGAGAGUCUGGUUGCAAUCUUUCGUCCCCGACGAUGUAUUCUACUGGAUUAAAAACGCACCGGAGUUCGGCAAGCAGGCCGUCUACCUUGAUGAGCGCGUCGAUACGCCAGCUGGCUACAUCAACGCGACCGCAUCGAUCCCGGACCUAGCGAAGCGCGGCGUCAAGAUCCUUGCACCGGCUAUGUUCGCUCUGACCAAGGUCAACAACGGAACCAUUGUUCCGUCCGAGUACGCAAUUGCGGCGAAGAAAGCCGGUAUGGAGAUUGUAGCGUGGAGCUUUGAGCGUGCGGGAUGGUUGUCGAUUGAUGGCGGCGGUUACUACUACCAAUACGUAAAAGACGUUGUUAAUAAUGAGGGAGAUAUGUUUGAAGUACUACACGUGCUUGCGCAGAAGGUGGGCAUUAAGGCUAUGUUUAGCGAUUGGCCCGCGACGGUUACGUACUACGCCAACUGCUUUGGCUUGUAG